AUGCACCUCAUCUUCGACUUUGACGGCACAAUCACCGUCAAGGACACAAUCUUCCAGCUCGCCCAGUCCGCAAUCCACCUCCAGGCCCAGCGCUCCUCCUCCUCCUCCUCCUCCUCCAACGGCAGCCUGCAAACCAAAUGGGACGCCAUCGUCCGCACGUACGCCGACCAGCACGCCGCCUACGCGGAAUCCUUUUCGCCGCCCCAGCACGAGCGGUGCGACCCCGCGCAGGAGCUCGCGUACCUGGCGUCCCUCAGCGGGACGGAAAACGCAUCGCUCGACAGGGUCGAGGCGUCGGGCCUGUUUGGGGGGCUGACGCCGGAGGACCUCUUUCGGAUGGGCAGGGAGAGGGUUCAGGCCGGGGAUGUCGUUGUUAGAGACGGCUUCGUCGAGACGGUGAGGCUGGCGCGGGAGAAGGGCUGGCGGGUGGGCGUCAUCUCCGUCAACUGGUCUGCGGCGUUUAUCCGAGGCGUGCUGCAUCCGCUGGGCGAUGAUCUACCCAUCGUCACGAACUGCAUUUCCAGCGACGGCACGAUUCACGGGCCCGAGGGCUUCAACGGGGGCGUCCGGCUGACUACGUCCCGCGACAAGGCCAAUGUCCUCAGCGAGCUUCUCGCUAGAUUUGAGCACCAGCAGCAGCGCUCGCCGGGUCCGACGGUCUACUUUGGCGAUUCGACGACGGACAUGGAGUGUCUCCUCAAACAUCACGGCAUCGUCAUUGCUGCGGAACAGUCGAGCAGUCUCAUGCAAACACUCGAGCGAGUCGGCGUGCGGGUGCCGCAUGUCGGGAGCGCGCAGGACGGCGAAGCAGCAGCAAACAUUGCCUGGGCACGCGACUUUCGGGAGGUCCUCGAGAGUAAGGUGCUGGAACGCAUUGCAAAUGGGCUAGCGACGGAAUGA